UCAGAUGAAAGAAAAGGGAAACAAGACCAAGUUAAGUUCCAACACUUGUAUUGUAUUGUAUAGGUCUGAGGACAAAUACUUUAAUGGUAAAAGCUCAUACUGGCGCUAUAUGAUAUGCCAAGUGAGGAGACUUCAUUCUCUGGGGACCAUGAAUGCCUAUAUAAAACUUCCUGCCAAAACAUUGAAUCAUUGUCGACAUAUCUCAGUCUGUAUCAAAGUGGUAGACUGAACAACAGCUACUGCCAUUCUUGGAACUAAAAACUGGUUAACCUCCUUAGGGGCAUGAAUGUGCUCAAGAAAUUGAAUGACAAUCUGCCUAGUAAAUUAUGAGACAUCUUGUGUGCAGAAUUUGGCCUGAGGGCGGCGCUAGAUGAAAAGCUCAUGAGUUUGAAAGAUGUAAAGGAUAAACUUCACAGCAAUCUGCCCACUGGAUUUUGAUAUUUUUUGUAUAUGUAGAAAUAUGUGCUUGAUGGAAAAACACCAGUGUCAGGGAUCAGAAGCAGCAUUACGUAUCAUCCUCCGGGGACCACAAAUAACCACAGUAAAUUUCAUGACAAUCUGGCCAGCAGUUGUUUAGAGACUUUGUUCUGGACCAAACAGUUGGACAGAUGGAUUGACUCACUGAAAAACAUUUCAGCCCCAUCUCUGGACUCCACCAAAAAAGAUCCCACCACUAGAUUUUCAUGAUACCAUGGAGAGGACAAAGGGCUGGUCUGGCUGGGGAAAGUAAUGUCUAUAAUUUCAUUAGCUAAACUAAUAAGGAAAAAAUAGUAACAGAAAACAAUAUCAGAACAGCCAAUUUUUUUUUUCUAACAUCCACCUCAAGAGCUCUCUCUCCCCUCUGUCGGCAGAUAGUUGAAGCUGGUGCUGUAAUCCAGCAGCACUCCCACUAGUGAGGCAGCAGCGGACACAAGGACACACCAAUCUCUAGUCCACUCCUGAGACUGAAAACCUACACAGCAGCACCUGGUGUCACAGCCUCUGAUACAGUCACAGUGGAACAGAUCAUAUAUGACUGAACGGCAAGAGGACAACAGGAUAAUCUGAACCAGCACCUCAAGCGCUAAAAAUUGGUAUGUUCAACACGUGCUGCCACUGUUUUCCCGUUCAGUUUUCUAUUGUCAGCAUACAAAGACUGUAAUAACUGAGGAAGGCUUCGCUCAUAUCAACUCGACUCGACAACACCUCCUCAUGGGGAUUGCAGUCUACAACAUCUCCGCCACCUCAGCCAGGGUGAGCUGGCCUUCGUCCCCCGGCUGCCUGGACACCUUCUACAGUGUCAUGUACGACCCCAACUGGAACAGCCUGCUCAUGGGCUACAAGCGCAAGAGUUUCAUGCACGAGGAACGCAUCCCUGUCAGUCAGACCAGCACACACCUGGCCAACCUUCUCCCCCAGACCGCCUACUUCCUGUGUGUGACGUGUCAGGCUGCCAAUCCGGUGCGGGACCAAUGCCAGGUGUUCAGCACUCUGAGUGAGAGCGGUGAAGGUCACGACAGAGCGGGCUGGGAGCUCGCCAUGGGCGUCUGGCUGACGUGCUGCAUCUUGCUCCUGGUCAUCGCCGGCAUCCUGUUGUGGGGAUGUCUUCACACCAUCUGCUCCCUCCCGAACCAGGCCGCAGACAGCUGUCCUGUGGUGACCAACUCGACCCUUCAAGACAUGUCCGGAUCUGGACGCCUCUACACCCCCCGGAGCAGCAGCGAGGACAGCACCAAACAUGCCACCAUCAUGCAGCCCCCCCUCCUCUCAGCGCAGACCAAUAGCCACAUAAUUAACCAAGACCAUGAGCUGAGGACGCUCGCUAAGCUGUCUGGCAGCGAGCCAGCAUGAAUCAACUGGAUUGAGGUCAUCACAGCAUUGUUCUGCCCAGACUGAAUUGUCACUGAGUAUUUUCAUCCACUGAUGAAAUCCUAUUUGUAUUUAAGAGAAAUAAAAAUGUUUUCACAGGAACCAUUUUAAAAAAGUAUUACUGCACCACUUCAAACUGUUCAAUGAUAAAAACUCUGCCAACGCUUUCAAUAAUAAUUUAUCUGGUCUAUAAAGUUUGUUCCAGUGAAUGUUUCUCUUGUAAAUAAAAAGAAGUUCAUGAA